AUGUCGGGCGAAGCGUGGUUAUACCUCUUUGCCGUGCUGAUAAACGCCGUCAACCUAUUUCUCCAAGUCUUCUUCACCAUCAUGUAUAGCGAUUUGGAAUGCGACUACAUCAACCCGAUUGACCUCUGCAACCGCCUCAACACCUACAUCAUCCCCGAAGUCGCCGUCCACGGAUUCAUUACCUUCCUGUUCCUCAUCAACGGAUACUGGGUACCUUUGAUCCUCAACCUGCCGCUCCUUGGGUGGAACGUCAAGAAAAUCGUCGACAACACGCACCUUCUGGACGCGACCGAGAUCUUCCGGAAGCUCAACGUACACAAGAAGGAAUCAUUCACUAAGCUGGGUUUCCAUCUUGUCCUCUUCUUCUUCUACCUUUACAGCAUGAUCGUCGCCCUGAUCAAGGACGAGGCUCACUAG